AUGGGAGAUUCUGUCGUAUUCGAAACUAGUUUAGGGGACAUUCAAUUCGAGCUGUAUUGGGAGCAUGCACCCAAGACAUGUAAAAACUUCGCAGAACUCUCCAAGCGUGGCUACUACAGCGGCGUCGUUUUCCACCGUAUCAUCCCAGAUUUCAUGAUACAAGGUGGUGAUCCGACAGGAACUGGGAGAGGCGGGACGAGUAUCUAUGGGCAGAGGUUCGAAGAUGAGAUACAUCCAGAACUCAGAUUCACUGGUGCAGGGAUUCUGGCCAUGGCAAAUUCAGGUCCAAACACCAAUGGCUCUCAGUUCUUUAUCACGCUUGCGCCAACGCCAUACUUGGAUAACAAACAUACGAUCUUUGGACGAGUGAGUGCUGGAAUGCGCGUAGUGCAGAGGUUGGGUGCGGUCGCUGUAGAUGCUCAGGAUCGGCCUCGUGAAGACGUCAAAAUACACAAAUCGCGCACUAUCUGA